ACACCAUCGUAAAUGAUUGGUCCGUGCAUUCCUAGAGACACCCACUCUCCACAAGCACCCUGGAGACACUGGUGGUGUACUUUUUAUUCACCAGAAACAUGGCAGCAAAAGGCAAGCAGGGUACCCUUCUGCAAGCGAUCUGCAGGAAUUACUUGUUUUCUAAAAGAAUAUACUACAAACAGUCCCCAGUUAAGAAACUAUAUGUGCAGACGAGGCUAGGCCACAGCAGUACUUCGUCUUGGAGUAUUAACUCCUACAUGCCAGAAGCUAGCGCUUUUCAUGGGAUACGGUGCUUCAAAGACUUGCACAACCUCUCCGUGCUGGACCCGGAUACUUUUUGGGGAGUGCUUGCAAAGGCGCGACUGGAGUGGAGCAAGCCUUUUGACGCGGUCAAUGAAAGUGACUUUAAAAGCGGAACGAUCAAGUGGUUCCAAGGGGGGCAGCUAAACGUUUCAGUUAACUGCGUGGACAGGCAUGCUCUUCUAUCACCUGAACGAGUUGCUUUGAUCUGGGAACGAGAUGAACCUGGUACAGAGGUUAAAGUCACGUACAGGAAACUCCUGGAAAUGACAUGCCGCCUUGCCAAUGUUUUGAAGAGACAUGGGAUAAAGAAAGGUGACAGAGUUGCUAUUUACAUGCCAGUUUCCCCAGUGGCUGUCGCUGCCAUGUUGGCAUGUACCAGAAUUGGGGCCGUACAUACAGUUGUCUUUGCUGGCUUUAGUGCUGAUUCUUUAUCAGGCAGAAUCCUGGAUGGCGAGUGCAACGCCAUUAUCACAUGUAACCAAGGGAUUAGAGGAGGUCGACUUGUAGAAUUAAAGAAGACUGUUGAUGAAGCAGUGAAGAAUUGUCCUAUGGUAAAAUGUGUCUUUGUAGCUCACAGAACAGAGAACAAAGUCCCUAUGAGUGACAUGGACAUACCUUUGGAGGAAGCAAUGGCAAAGGAGGAGGCAGUAUGCCCACCUGAGAUCAUGGAAAGCGAGGACAUGCUGUUCAUGCUGUAUACGUCUGGGAGUACAGGAAAACCGAAAGGCAUUGUUCACACACAGGCAGGAUACCUGCUCUAUGCUGGUUUGACACAUAAGUAUGUUUUUGACUACCACCAAGGGGACGUUUUUGGCUGUGUGGCUGACAUUGGAUGGAUAACUGGACAUAGUUAUGUCGUAUAUGGACCCCUCUGCAAUGGUGGUACAACAGUUUUGUUUGAAAGUACUCCUACAUAUCCUAACCCCGGUAGGUACUGGGAGACUGUACAGCGGUUAAGAAUCAAUCAGUUUUAUGGUGCCCCUACUGCAUUCCGCUUGCUGAUGAAGUAUGGAGAUGACUGGGUGAAAAGGUAUGACCGGUCUUCCUUAAAGACAUUGGGUUCAGUGGGAGAACCAAUCCACCAUGAAGCCUGGGAGUGGUACUAUGGCGUAGUAGGAGAUGGCAAGUGUACUGUAUUAGAUACUUGGUGGCAAACAGAGACUGGCGGGAUCUGCAUCACUCCUCGACCAUCAGAAGAAGGAGCUGAGAUUGUUCCUGCUAUAGCAAUGAGACCUUUCUUUGGCAUUGUGCCAGCAUUAAUGGAUGAAAAUGGAAAGGAACUAAAGGGGCAAAAUGUUGCUGGCGCUCUAUGUAUUAAGCAGCCUUGGCCUGGUAUUGCAAGAACCCUUUAUGGAGAUCAUCAACGGUUUCUGGAUUCCUAUUUUAGAACUUACCCAGGUUACUAUUUCACAGGGGAUGGAGCACAUCGGUCUAUAGAAGGCUAUUAUCAGCUCACAGGACGCAUGGAUGAUGUUAUUAACAUCAGCGGUCACAGGCUUGGCACAGCAGAGGUUGAGGAUGCAAUGGAUGAACACCCUGAUGUCCCAGAAGCAGCUGUUAUAGGCAUUCCGCAUGAUAUCAAAGGAGAAGUUCCAUUUGCAUUUGUUGUCCUAAAAGAUGAUGUUUCUCGCGCAGAGAAGGUUGUUGUAGAGGAACUAAAAUCCAUGGUCACAUCUAAGAUUGCAAAAUAUGCUGUACCAGAUCACAUUGUUGUUGUUAAACGCCUUCCAAAAACAAGGUCUGGAAAAAUCAUGAGACGGGUUUUAAGGAAAAUAGCAACUAAUGAAACUAGUGACCUGGGAGACUUGACAACAAUGGAUGAUCCAGAAAUCAUCACGGAAGUAAUCGAAUACUAUGAGAAGUACAAGCAGCAGAAAUCCAGUGCGUGAUAUUGGAUACAGAAUAUUGAUCUGCCAUAUGGAACUCCAGCCUUAGUUAACGCACAAAGAACUGAAUUAAUCAGCAGCACUUGUGAUUUUAGCAUGAGAUAUCAUGAAUCAUUUACGGAUGCACAAAACAGUGCCCUUCAUACGGCCCACUAAUUUAAACAUUUAAACAGAUGUCAACAGUGCUUAUGCACAUGGUAUUAGUAAAACUGGGUGAUUCAUCUCCACCUUCAGGCUUACCUUGCUGACAGAAAAAAAAAAACACUUGUGGUUUUGUAUUCAUAAUAGGGUUUUAACUUGGAGAUUUUGCUUUAUGUUUUACACAGUUUUGUAUUAAUAAUGGAUUUUUUUAUUAGAACUGCUAAAUAUUUCCAGUUUUAUGUGACUAUGGUUGUGCAGGACUGCAGGCUGUGUUUAUAGAAUUUUUUAAGAACUAUGGCACCAAAGUGCUUAGCUAUCUUACUGAUAGAAUACAGGAUGUCUGUGCUUAAAACAGCUCAUGAUCCCAGGAUGUUCUUUAUGUUCUUUUAUCCUUUUCUGCAGAUUCACCGAUGCUGUUUCUCGAUACAAUAUAGAAUCAUGAAUUCUUUUCCCUAGACUGCCAAAAAUUUGCUCAGUGUUAAACAAUUCCAGCUGAAGUUGUGUGACCUGAAUUUUAAAAGCAUUAACGCUCUUACCAUCUGUUCAUUUUUGUUCUCCUUGGGCAGAAAAUACCUUGCUUCACUACUACAUACUUUAGGUAUUACUACAAGGGAACACAAUCUCCAGUUCAUAUAAUAGCUCCUUCUGAGUAUAUUAACAGGUGCUUUAAUCAGCCAAAUGUGAGCAUGUACUGUAUAGGCAGUGCUGUGCUGUGUAUUAUGUGUUAUUUGUAGUCUGACUAAUGGGGUUAGCAAACUGUUACAUUGUAUCUGGCCUUGUUUUCUCUUUACAGUGACAGCAGAAUUAAAUGUUUUCUGUGUAGCAUAGCAGGUAGUUAGCCCUGUAUUCUAGUCAUGGUUUUUAAACAACACUUGGCCAUUCUUCUAUUUCCAAGUCUGUUACAAAUGUUUUUUUUUAUUCUCUUUUCUAUUAGUAUGUUGUCUUUUUUUUUUUUUUUAUUGGCUCACAGCUCUUGCUUAUUUCACAGCAGUCCAUGCAUGUAUCAGACACAUUUCCAGCUAGGACCACGAUUUCAACCACAUGUGCCUUACCUUCACAACAAUACUGCCUACAUCCUCUUCAAAGUAAGGCAGAACAGUGGAUAGCACUGGUCAGCUGGUACAAUCCAUAGCCUUUUCUCCUACACUAUAUUUUCUGUGUUAAUUAUGUAGUCUGUAGUAAAACUUUCACAUAUCAUUCUCUUUUAACUCUGGCCUAGCACCAGCUGCUUCAUGUUCUUAUUUUACAUUAAUCACAGUGUCAGAGAAUUAUAUCUGAUGCUACCUAACUUACUGAGUCUUUUUUGCUCAGCCUUGUAAGCACAGAUUAAUGUCCGCAGUAUUGGAAAUGGUCAAAGCCACAAGACAGUAUUAAGGGCUACUGAUGUGAUAGACAGCAGCAUCACCGUAAUUUAUAUAAUCUUUCAGCCUAUGCUGUGCCUCAAACAUUUGAUUUCUUCCAGAAUUCUUUUGCAUAGUUGUAGGGGUUUGCCGGUGUUUUUGGUUUGCUAAACGCAUCUGGACUGGUGGACUGGUAAUAUUUAGAAUGCCCAUAGGUAUACAUGUAGUGUAUGUGUGUAUGCAUGUGUGAGACUGUGUCUUGUGAUGGACAUUCCAUUCAGGAUUGGCACUUGCCUUACACUGAUUGCUUGUCAGUUCCAUGUGAAUGCUUACCUGGUUUAAGCGGGUAUUAAAAACAGAUGGAGUCUAUCUGUGUAGCUGCUGAAAAUAGCAUCAUACCAUUCAACUGUCCAGAUUUUUGCCUCAUCUAUCUUGUCUGGUCCUCUUAAAAUUUGUGGAUUUAUGGCAAAUCAGUGAGGAAUGACGUCUCCAAAUAAUGACACACAUUUAGGUUUCAGGCUUUAUAUCCUUCAGACAAUGCAUGCUAGAACAAUAUUCUAGCAAUAAGUGCAAUAUUUAAGAUCUGCCCCUGUGUCUGGGUCUUUGUCCCUCCAUUAUUUUAGGCUUUGUCCAGAUUUCUUCCACUAAGAGGUUAAAAGACAUGAAUAGCAUUGGGAUGGAUUCGGAGGUGUUAGUUCCCACAAGUAUUUUGAAGUGGUACAGCUGUCAGUAGUGGAGCAUUGUAGACUGUGCUGUCAUCAGUUUUUCUUAUUUUAUUUUUUAUUUAUUUAUUUUUUUUUCAUUUUCAGUGCUCAAGUGCCUGACCUAUUCUCAAUUCCCUGAUUUCUCCCAAAGCUGACUAUCUCUUUGUUCAUUUUGUUGAGUUUACACUGUCUGGCAUUUCCAUCUGGCUUCCUUUUGGGUGGAGCCAUGCAUGAGAGGGCUCAUACCAAAGGAGAGCUGCAGUGUUUGCCCCCCACCUGACAUUGCCCCUUUAAUAUGCCAUGCCAGUUCCCAGAUCUUGCUGUUUUUUUCAGACACAAACUGCUGUAGUAUCUCACUACUUCUUCAUUCCAGGAUUAUGCAUAAGCUUUUUGCUGACUUUCACUGCUAUAGAUUUUCCACCGUGGCAUCCCUUAGUUUCCUUUUACAUGAUAAUGUUGAAAAGUUAACAGAAAAGGAUAUAAGAAGAAAGUGUGCAUUCUGUCAUAGUGCAGCACACAUGAUCUUAGUAAAAAAGGCUGAGAACCUGGCAGUGUGCAGACAUUCCUGUGAGAAAAAUGUGGUGAGGACUGACUGAUGCCAGUAUCUGUACUCUGCAGUUUGCCUCAUCUUUCAAGCUGCAUGAACAUGUAUUAUGGCUGCUUAUCAGUGAACCACCAUAUCUAGAAUUCUGCUCUGUGAUAUGUGAUCAUGUGACCUGUGUUUUUGAUGUAAGCCUAGUGCAGUGUGUGCAAAGCAUGGGCAUUAAGCUAUUUCUAAUAUAAUCCUUGAUCAGAGUAACAUCAGGAACACUCUUAUUUUUGGGCUGUGAUUACUCACCCAUCCCCCAGUUUUACUAUGGACUGGAUUUUCACCCUGGCUCUGAUGCUGUUUUUCUGCUUUAAAUUAUUUACCUCUUACUGUUUUAUUUUGUUAUGUUAACAAGUAAGGCAGUAUUGCAUAUACCACAAGUUUCUGUCUGGUGCUGUCCGCAGAAAUGAAAAGAGAAUAUAUGCUUUGAUUACUCCCUGGAGUCUGCAGUAACACUGAAAUGAUGGUAACCAUUGUGUCAGUUAUAGAAUUAUCAGUUGGCAUAUUGAUGAUAAUAUUACUACUCUGGUAGUUACAAUCCUCUAUUCUAACAGCACUUGCAGCUGUUCAUUUCAUACCUGGCUGUGCGCCACAUACCAUUAAGAACAGUGUGAGCUGUAGUGAUGGCUGCCUGUAGUUUCAAACUGGUGUAGGCAUAAUAUCAGCUGAGUAUUAUGCAGCCUGUCUUCACUUAGAGGAUGUGUGUUGUAUGGGGGAAGUCCUAUACUAUACUUCUAAGUUUGCUAGAGUAGAUGUUGUCAAAGAUAUUUCCUUCUUGUUUUUUUUUUUAAAUAUAGUUAUUUAUUUUUAGAUUUUCUUGUUAUAAGCUAUGCAGGUCAUUAUGUAAUCCUUUUCUCAGCAAAUGUUAUUGUUUUGAUUAGUAUGCUUAUUUCAAUACAACUUUUUUUUCUGGUCCUCUAACCCAUAAUCAGUCUAUGUGAAGCACAUUUAUACCUCCUUGUCCUGUUCAUUACUGCAUCUGCAGAUGCGUGUUUUCCCUUUUUACUCAUCCCAGCAUGAGAAAGACAUAAGCAAUUAAUUUUCAAGUUUCACUUCUCUGUCUAUAUGCAGUCCUUCCUGUAAUUCAAGCUGCCUUAGAUUGUCCUCAUCUUUUGAAAGUGAUAGUAUGCCAUGUCAUUCAAAAAAGGAUUCAAGUUCUGGAUAUGACUGUACACUUCCAGUAGAAUCACUUCCCUGGAGAUUUCUGUUUUUUUCAUUCUAAACUUUUGCUGUCCUUCUACUCAGAUAAAAAAGUUUGUUAUUGUCUCUGUGGACCACCUAUCCUUAUUGCCACCUACGUUCUGUGUUCCUGAAUUUUAUUUUGUUUUGUUGUUUGCUUGUUAUACAUUAUUCCUAUCCCUGUUUUUUUUCUUGGUGACUAGAACUGAAAUGCUUGAUGAUGACAAUCAUUUGUUAGAGGUCAUAUGAUACAGUGUAAGGUAUACAUGAAUCAUAUGGUAGUCACAACUGGCUUCUUUUCUGUAAAGUGCAGACUUCUUAUGGUAGCUGUUGAAACGGAACUUGGCAUGUAUCGGUUAAGGUAGCAUUAUUCUUCAAUUAAGCCAUUCUUUAAAAUCAGCAAUAACAGAAAGUGUGUCAUUUUCAUUAUAUACACAGACUUCUCAGAUGUGCCUUAUUAUUAAACACUAUGAUACUUUCAACAAUG